AUGGAUGCCACACAGUCGGAAGGAUCGAACAAGAGGUAUCUUGUCGACAGCAGCACUGCUCGUUAUCCCUGAAAGCGAGGGGCGACUGCAUGCCAUCUCUGCCACGUUCGCAAGACAAAGUGCGACAGUGCCCGUCCAGCCUGCGGGUUGUGCGUCCAGUACAAGGCCAAGUGCGUCUACGGCAGCUCGGCGGAGGCAAACAUACCCUUUGAUGCUGCCAGCGAGGAGAUCUUGAGCCGCCUGAGUGCGAUACAGUCGCUUCUUUCAAAAGCUGGCAACCCGGUGUCUCCGCUCACGGCUGGUGAUACUCGCUAUGACCAGACUUGGCCGACCCCUGAUAUACAUCAAGGCUUCACUCUCAAAACACCAUCGGCGCCGGCAUUGGUGAGUGAUACAUUGAGGAUGCAGGGAUAUUCCACGACGGUCUUGUCAGCGACGCGGUGCGAGACGUUACUGCGUUGGCCGGUAUUUGAAGACGUGCUUUCUGCAAGGGACUCCAAGUCUGAGCCGUUCCUCCUCGAUUGGGUCUCAGACCAUGAUGAGCUCCCUAGUCUUGAAGAGUCGGGGCAUCAACCAUCUUCAACGUCUGAAGCGUCGAAUGCCUCGGAGGCGCUUACAGGGCAGCAGCAGGUUCAUGCGGAUGACUAUGUGAAUCUGUGCCACAUAUUCCUCUCUACCAUACACAGGAGGAAUCCGAUUCUUGAUGGCGAUGGGCUGAUAGAAUCUGCUCAUCAUGUCAUGGCGCACGGUCUGGGAUGGGAUACAAGAACCUGUCUAGUGGUGAGUUGUUUUCUUGGCGUGGAUCCGAGACGACGGACUGGGCGCUGACAUCGAUGUAGCUCCUCGCUUCUGCUUUAGCACACUGUGGCUUGUCUCGUUCAUUUGAAGGUAGAGUGCGGUCUGGUCAAGUCGGAUCGGCCUCUGAGGGCAUAGAAAAGAACUCGAUAGCGGAGGCGUUUUACACAGAGGCAAGAAAGAGGCUCGGCUUCUUGAGAUCUUCAAUCACUGAUAUCCAGUGCUUGUUCCUCGCCUCCAUGUACGAGAAGCUCAUACUGAAUAUUAUCAAGGCAUGGGAAUACAUAAAAGAUGCCUGCUCCCACCUCCAGACGUACCUGGCACGUUGCCGCCGGAUGCCCCAUAAGCAAUCCGGUUAUCUGGAGCCACGCAUAUUUUGGUCGUGUAUGAAGGCAGAAAGGUUCGUCUAAAACCCUUCCUUCAUUACGCAUGCUUUAUUCGCUCCUCUGUACCUAACGUGUUCGACAUUGGGCCCUUUGGCUCGGAAAUAGAAACUCCAGUCCUCGACAGACUUGCGAGCUCUGGUGUCAAAUUGACCGACUUCAACACCGCAUCGGCAUGCUCACCGACAAGGUCCAUGCUUUUCUCCGGCACCGAUAAUCACAUAGCAGGUCUCGGCCAGAUGGCAGAGUUCAUGAAAGAUGACAGCUAUCAUGGCAAGCCGGGUUACGAGGAAUAUCUGAACUUCCGAGUGGCCGCGCUGUCGGAGGUGCUACAGGACGCUGGCUAUAACACGUUCAUGUCUGGCAAGUGGUAUGCAAGCCCAGUCAUCCCACUAUUGAUUCCGUUGUUGAUCGCCAGCCUCUAACAUGGCGAAAUGCCUUAGGCACUUGGGUCUGACAAAAAAAACCGCACCCUGCUCACGUGGCUUCGACGAAGCGUAUGCGUUUCUGUACGGCUGCGGCAACCACUUCAACCAUGAGCCUCAGCUAGACGACCCUGCCACUGAUCAAUUCGGACUAAUAUCUAGCGGCAAUUUCUAGACGGAAAGCGGCCAGUUUCUCGGCCGGCGGCGCGAUAUUCUAGAACAAUUUUACUCGAGUACGUCCUUUGCUGGCAAGUUGGUUGACUAUCUCGACAGCCGGACGGACAAGGCGAAACCUUUUCUGGCAUAUCUGCCUGUUAAUGCCACUAGACCACCGGUAAAAGUGUAAGCCUACACUACACCGUGGAAUAGUUCAUAUUAUAUAGCUAUUGGCACCAACACUGCCCUUUACCGCCCCAUUGGCCCCUUCAAGCACCCAGACAAGUCAUUGAAAAGUACAAGGGGGUCUACGAUGAGGGACCCCAUGGGCUAAGAAAGGAGCGUUUGAAGCGCCUCGUAGAACUGGGCAUCAUUCCAGGCAAUGUUGAGCCUGCAGAUAUGACCGUGGGUGCAAAGCAUGACUGGGAGCAGAUGGACGCAGAAGAGCGCGCCACGUCGGCCAGGAAGAUGGAGGUGUACGCUGCCAUGGUCGAUGUCAUUGACCAGAGUAUUGGUCGCGUGGUAGACUAUCUCGAAAAGACUGGUGAAAUCGACAACACCUUCAUUCUCUUCAUGUCAGACAACGGAGCUGAGGGUUCGAAACUGGAAGCCGUCCCUCUCAUGGGUGGAGAGACGACAAUGGGUAAAGUCAUCGACAAGUACUACGACAACAGUUUCGACAACAUUGGCAUGAGGGAAUCCUAUUUGUGGUAUGGCCCUGCGUGGGCUUGCGCCUCGAUGGCGCCCUCGCGUGGCUUCAAGAGCUGGAUCACUGAGGGAGGUAUUCGAUGCCCCUGCGUCGUGCGCUUUCCCACAGCCGUCAGCGUGACCCUCUCACAAACAGACUCCUUCUGCACCGUCAUGGAUAUUAUGCCUACGAUAUUGGAUCUUGCUGGUAUCCCCUCACCCAGAAGUCCGUUUCGGGGUCGUGAGAUUGCCCCCAUGCGCGGCUCAUCCUGUUUUCCCCAUCUCAGCGGACGAUCUACCUCGUUCCCCGACGAGGAAAAGGAGAUCACAAGCUGGGAGCUCUUAGGACUCCUUGCAAUCCGCGAAGGGCCGUGGAAGGCGAUUUACAUGACCGCCCCCAGAGGCAGUGACCAGUGGAGUUGUACAACGUGA